AUGGGCGUGCGCAAGGGUGACACCGUUGCUAUUUACCUGCCCAUGAUUCCCGAGGCCCUGAUUGCCCUCCUUGCUUGCUCCCGUAUCGGCGCUGUCCACUCCGUCGUCUUCGCCGGUUUCUCCGCCGACUCCCUGCGCGACCGUGUUAUUGACGGCAACUCCAAGGUCGUCAUCACCACCGACGAGGGCAAGCGUGGCGGCAAGUUGAUCGGCACCAAGAAGAUUGUCGACGAUGCCCUGAAGCAGUGCCCCGACGUCUCCCACGUCCUGGUCUACAAGCGCACCGGCGCCGAUGUACCCAUGACCAAGGGCCGUGAUUGGUGGUGGCACGAGGAGGUUGAGAAGUGGCCUUCCUACUUCCCUCCCGAGCACGUCAACUCCGAGGAUCCCUUGUUCCUCCUCUACACCUCCGGUUCGACCGGUAAGCCCAAGGGUGUCAUGCACACCACUGGUGGCUACCUCGUCGGCGCUGCUGCCACCGGCAAAUACGUAUUCGACAUUCACGACGGCGACCGCUACUUCUGCGGUGGCGACGUCGGCUGGAUUACCGGCCACACCUAUGUCGUCUACGCCCCUCUCCUGCUUGGUGUGACCACUGUCGUGUUCGAGGGUACCCCUGCCUACCCCAACUUCUCGAGAUACUGGGAUAUCAUCGCCAACCACCAGAUCACCCAGUUCUACGUCGCCCCCACUGCUCUGCGUCUGCUGAAGCGUGCUGGUGACCAGCAUGUCAAGGGUGACAUGAAGCAUCUCAGAGUCCUCGGCUCCGUCGGUGAGCCCAUCGCCGCCGAGGUCUGGAAGUGGUACUUCGAGGUUGUCGGAAAGGAGGAGGCCCACAUUGUUGACACAUACUGGCAGACCGAGACUGGCUCCAACGUCAUCACUCCCCUGGCCGGUGUCACUCCCACCAAGCCCGGCAGUGCUUCUUUGCCCUUCUUCGGCAUUGAGCCUUCCAUCAUUGACCCCGUCUCCGGCGAGGAGAUUCACGGCAACGAUGUCGAGGGUGUUUUGGCCUUCAAGCAGGCCUGGCCCAGCAUGGCCCGUACUGUCUGGGGCGCCCACAAGCGCUACAUGGACACCUACCUGAACGUCUACAAGGGCUACUACUUCACCGGUGACGGUGCCGGCCGUGACCACGAGGGUUUCUACUGGAUCCGUGGACGUGUUGACGACGUUGUCAAUGUUUCGGGUCACCGUCUCUCCACCGCCGAGAUCGAGGCUGCGCUCAUUGAGCACCACGCCAUCGCCGAGGCCGCCGUUGUCGGUGUCGCUGACGAGCUCACCGGCCAGGCUGUCAACGCCUUCGUCGCCAUCAAGGAUGGUAACGAGGCCACAGAUGCGCUCCGCAAGGAAUUCAUCAUGCAGGUGCGCAAGAGCAUCGGUCCCUUCGCGGCGCCCAAGGCCGUCCACAUCGUGCCCGACCUGCCCAAGACCCGCUCCGGUAAGAUCAUGCGCAGAAUUCUGCGCAAGAUCCUUGCUGGCGAGGAGGACCAGCUUGGUGACGUGACGACGCUGUCCGACCCCUCAAUCGUCGACAAGAUCAUCACUGUCGUCCACGAGGAGAAGAGGAAGAAGUAA